AUGGUGGCCAUCAAGAGCUUUGCACAACUCUCUCUUUCACGCCCUUCCUCCCAACCCGCAGCAUCCCGAGCCACUAAUGACACCCUCCAAUCUCCCACCGAGCAUGCUGCCGUCCCCAACUUGGUCCGACGACCGACCUGCAAUGAAGACUAUUAUUUAUCGGAUGACCAGCUUGUCCUUUCCAAGCACUCAAGUCGCUCAAAGCCUUACGGCUCCCCCCUUCCUCCAGCUGACGCAAAGUUCAACUCGGCCCAUCCCAUCAACCUCAAAGUGUCGUGGAACGGUAACAAUGAAAAUCCGACAUCGGGUCAACCAGUCACGAAAGCAUCUACGUUCAGCUCCAACAAACUUACCAUACCUUCUAAGGUUCAAGCUUUGGCGUCCUCAACCCCAACGGCGUCACUUACCAAUGGUCACACCACUCCAGUCGGCCCUCAGCCCACUACGCACAAGCAUUUGAUCUCGAGCCUACGUACCGUCUCUGGCAAACAGAGCGCAGCCCUCUCCCGCAAUCCGACUCCCCUCAGCUCUGUGCCCCAAAGUCCCCCAACCGUUUGCCCCAGCGGCUUAGUUCCUGCACCUGCCAAUCCGAUCGCCUUGCAUCAACUUGAAGCCAGCUACGUUAGUAAAGUUGGGACUCGUCUUCGGGACUUGAUCGACCAAGUCUUUCCUUCAUCUAUUGAAAAUAGUCCUGUUUGGAACGGCAGGGGGGCACCGAAACCAAGUGCUGCUGUUGAAGUCGUCGAGGCCUUGAGGCAUGAGUUGGAAGUUUGUAGUUGUGAUUCGUACAUUUUUCGCUCGCUCUUUCGGACCGCCGCCAUUCCUGCCCUUACGGUUUUCGCUGGAAGACUCGGCUCUCUUCUCAUAUUGCCAGCCAGUGACAGCUCUGCCCUGUAUGUUCCCAAGUCGAUCAAAGAUGCGGAUCAUUCGUUGCCGGUCGCAUUGCGCUAUAACAUUGAAGUUGUACGGUGCGCCUGGGCAGCAUACUCGUUGAUCCGUGGGAUCUUGAAAACAAAUGAAUGGGGCCCUGAGGUCAAGAAAGUGCUGCGCGAUGGCUUGGCGCCGUUUUUAUCGAAGAUGGACGCCAUCAUUCAGCAAUUCAUGGGCCCGUACGUCCUAGAGAUCAAGAAGCAAGUUACCAGCUGCAUCUUAAAGUAUCAAUCAGUGGAAUCCAGUACCGUCCCAGCGGCCAAAGGGCAUCUCUCUCUCAGCCGUACAAUUCCAUCGCUCGGCGGUUACGGGACUUGGAUGACGACUGCCCAUCCGCACGAGCCUCUGCGCGAGCUGAUCAAUUUGUUGGAAGGCGUCCGGAAAGUUUUGAUGAUCAAAUUGGCUUGUGGAGCUGAAAGUCAUCGUUGGAUGGUCAGUGUCGCUACCCAGGCGGUAUGGAAAGGCAUGCUCGUCUUCGCCACUUGCGCAUUUCCUCUCCCGACUCCGAACUCGCAACACUCUCGUGUAUCACCUGCUACCCCGUCCGCCCAUCUCAUCGACAGCUAUUCCUCAGCACUGGGCCUCAGAGGUGCUAGACACAUAUUGCACCCCGUCAAACGUUCGCCAUCACCACCAUUGAAGUCCGAUGUUACCCUGCAUCAGGAACUGGUUCAGAACCUCAAGGUGUUUGCAGUGGCGAUUAGCGACUUUGUGAAGGAUAUUGCCGGGCUCGAUCCCCGUUCCGGCAACAGUCCCUCGAGCUGCACCGGCCAGUGUGAGCUGUGUGCUCAAGGCUUUUCGGUCAACCCGGGAGAUGACGGCGACUUGGUUCGAGAGGCCAUGAACGAAGCCUUGGAGGCUCUCUCGGCACUCCAGCUCGUCGCCUCGGCUCUUCUUCUUCCAGACCGCUUACGCAGCAGCUUGAUUGCAUGCACAGACGCUUCGACGACCCUGAGCUUGUCCCUGGCUACUCGCAAGGCGGGUGACACUCAGCCCGCUUGUCCGACCUUAACGCUAGCAUUGAAAGAGCUUCCGCCGUUCAUCCUGUUGCAUCUUAUCGGCUCGCGGAUCUCCAAGGAAGCUGGCUUCAGACUGCCUCACGAAGUAUGGGGCAUCAGCUGGGCGGAUUACCAAGAAGAGUUGAAGGGCUUCGUCGCCGCCGAGCGCUGGCUUCCCGAGGUUGCUCACGAGAUGGCCCAAGAGGUCCGUCGGAUCCAGCGCCUUCGCCAGAAAAUCCUCGAGACAACCUCCGACGGCCUUUCGCCCACUUCGUCCAAAGGCUCGUCGGACCACUCUACCGGUCAGACCCCCGAUUCCCGCGCUGCUGACGAUGUCGAAUGGGUCAAUCUUUUACUGCUCUCCAUUCAAGUCUUGGUUGCCUAA